GAAAUAUUGCGUACUCGAGUAGCUACAGGACUCAACAACAAAGUUCACAGUCCACCACCCACCCACCUACCUAGAAUUCUCAUCCCCCUCUACGCCACUAUGACUGUGUUCAGUUGUAGUGCAUGUAUGGAACGCUGCCUACAUGGCCUCAUAGGAAAUGCUUCCGCCACCCUUUCCACGCCAUCCGUUCGGACCUCAGUUGUCACAACCACGACCUCAAUCAUAAGGAAAGAUUACUUUGCCCGCAACUACAAUACCUCGUCCUCUUCUUCAGCCAGUAGGCCGUCUAGGACGCCUCAAUAUGAUUCCAUUAGUUAUUACGGCCAACCCCGACAUGAUAACGACGCCCCAAAUGCAAAACCACACAAAGAUGAUAGGUUGCGGCCCUUCAAGAUGACCCGGAAGGAAUAUCAGACUGAGAGGCGAAUGGGAGACGUGUUAUCAAAAUAUCCAGUAUAUGGGAGUGAUCCAUUGAAAUUGGCAGAGUACAUACGGAAAACCUUACAGAGAAACGACUUUGAGACUGCCCUUGCGGUAGUUCGCGCCGCGAGCAGAGGACUUACUUGCAUAGUUAGCUGGAACCAUUUAAUUGACUGGCAGAUGAGCAAAGGCAAAAUGAAGGGUGCUUUGAAAACCUACAAUGAGGUACGCAGUCUUAGUCAGUCUGUAACCACAAUCUACACAAUUAUUGACUUUGCCGUAGAUGAAAAAGAGAGGACAAGUCCCCGACGCGCAUACUUUCACCAUCAUCAUUACGGGCUGCACCCAACACCGUGACGUGAAAGCAGGUCUUGGGCAGGUCAUGGCUAUUUACCAUUCCAUGUUGCUAGACAACUCACCCGUCAAACCAAACACGAUCCAUCUGAAUGCCAUUUUGAAGAUGUGUGCAAAAGCUGGGGACAUGGAUGCUAUGUUUGGAGUAGUUGCGUCAAUGCCUACAAGAGGCGUCACUGCGCCCAACAACCUUACACUGACCACUAUUCUCAAUGCUUUGCGGAUGGACUGUAUAAGUGAUGCGAGAAAUAGGUUCACACCAAUGCAGAAAAGAGAAUAUACAAGACAGGCAAUCAUAAAGGGCCGCCACAUCUGGAUGGAUAUCACCAAAAGAUGGAGACAGGGAGACAUAUGGAUUGACGAGGAACUCGUGUGUUCCAUGGGCCGCUUGAUGCUCAUGGGUGAAGAGCGAGAUUGGGACGAUAUUCUCUCCUUAAUCGAGCAAUCGAUGAAUAUCCCUCGCCAAAUAUCAAGGCUGGAUACCACGGAACGUAGUAAAGUCCGUCCAGCCGACCAAGGACGUACGGAAAGAGUAGGAGAAGUACCCGCGGUAUCAGUUGCUGCUUCAGGGAGUUCUUGGGAAACUUCGAUCGAAGAUAUUGCUUCAAAAGACUCGCUUGAAGCGGAACCAGAGCAAGCACUAACGAACGUUGACAACUUCAAGCCCGUUCCUUUGCCUACACCACCAAGAGGUGUCCUCAGUGCCUACGCCAAACCUGGACGGAACUCACUAUCCCUCGUCCUCGCCGCUUUGGACAAACUCUCCUUGAAAGGGAUCGCUUAUAGGUACUGGAUCUUAAUGGUGAGAGAAAUCGGCGUUAUACCCGAUGCAGAAAACUACCACGCCUACCUACGAAUCCUCCGAAAGGCUCGCGCAAGUACAGAGACACUCGAGCUCCUCCAGACCAUGAACCGAACCGAGAUGCGACACAGCACCUUCCGCAUCGCAAUCGCAGCCUGCGAACGCGACAAGAACAACUACCACGCCUUCUCCAACGCCGGAAAACUCCUGGAUAUCAUGACCGACACCCUCCGCGUCCCCGACGUUCCAGUCUUAACCAGCUACCUCGCGACCGCCGUUUCCCCCAACACGCCAAUGGCUUCUAUCGAUCACGGGAAGCGAAUCCUCCGCGCCCUCGACCGUCUAGGACCCUCGAUGCUCAACAUCAAGUCCCUCCUCAUCUACGGCGAUGCCGACGUCCCCAUGACCGAGGAAGAGCGCACCAACUUCCAAAGAUCCGUCUUCCGCCUCGUCCGUGGCAUGAUAGCCGCCUACGACAUCUGCAUGAGCAGAGCCCUCGUCCCACGCAACAAGUACAGCGAGCUAACCGCUCAACGCGCCAAACUAGCCGCCUACGUAACCCGCUACAAAGCCAACAACGCCCUCAAGGACGCAACGCUGCCCAGCUAUGAGGAACCGUCUGAAAUCCGCACGCUCCCUGAGCACCUGAUGCGGUACGUGGAUUCCCAUCAUCAGUCCAAGUCCAUGAUCCUGGCGCAGAAAAAUGAUGAGACCUGGGCCAAGUUCGUGAGCGAGGUGGAGAAUGAAUAUAAGUUAUUCCAGGCGCUAAAGAAAACGAACAGUGUGCCAGAACAUCCUCAGAAGAGCCCUAUUGAGAGGCUUGCCGAGGAAGAGCGGAUAGCCGCUCGUGAGGUAUCUGAGAGCUUCAGGCUUGCUGCUCUGUAGAUGUAUAGAGGAGAAGAGAUUCAGAGGUUCAUGAGAAAACGAUUUCACGGAACCAUGUAUAACAUCCGUAUGAAAGCCAACAUAGAAGACGUUAUUUUGUACGACCAUACAACCAUCAUGUAUCAUAUAUAUUAGGACCAUCACAGCUCUACGCGAAGUGAGAUGAUAAUGACCAUGGUAUUGCCAUUCGUGCUAAGACUUAUUCUUGUGUAGUAAUAAUAAUGAAGAAACAGACAAAAAAGAACUGUAUACAGUAUUUGAUGUUUCGACGACAUCAUUUCCUCCCAUCCCACCAUAAAGUGCACCCAUAAUGAUAACAAUACAAUCCCCUCUCCUUCCGCUUUUCAACGAAUCUCUACCGGUACUCCUUAAACCUUGUCCCACGAUAACAUACCCAGCACCCUAUCAGCCAUAAAGAGCAUUAUCUCUCAUGAUCCUCUCGUCUACCUCAGUCCCAUCGGUUGCUCUUCCAAUAGACGCGUAUCUCUUCAAAUGAUCACCAAAUGCCGAACUCUUCUCGGUAUCCGCCUCGCUACUAACCGA